CGCCUUAAAGGGCCAGCUGCACUUGCCCGGGCGCCGCUCCGGGGGGGGGGGAGGGAGGAUGGCCGCAGACUGGACGGCGGUGGUGCUGACCUGCCAGCACAGGGACAGCGCCUUCGCCUUCCAGAGAGAGCUGGAGAUCCGCAGAGACCGAGGCUCCCUGGGCCGGGAGACCACCCUGCUCACUGUGGAAGACCCCAACGCCCAGGUGGGCAGUGGAGGGGCUACCCUCAAUGCUCUCUUGGUGGCGGCAGAACACCUGAGUGCUCAGGCAGGUUACACGGUGGUCACUGCUGACGUCUUGCAAGAGGCCAGGAUUCUUGUCUUGCACAUGGGCCGGGACUUUCUGUUUGAUGACUGCAGCCGUGCAUUUCUCUGCCUCCCGCUUGAAGACCCUGCGGCCCCCACCGAGGCGCUUGCCUGCCACUUGGACAGGCUUCUGGCCACUUUGACAGAGCGGGUCUGCAAGGGUUCUCCCCCAGGCGUGUGGGUCUCCAGCACCGAUAUGUUUCUGACGGUUUCUGCCACGCCAGAAAUUGACUGGCGGAGCUUCCAGGGAGUGAAAGUGGUUGCAGUGCCCGGCAGCGUCUCCUAUGCCAGGCACCAUGGCGUCUACUCUGUGGAUUCUCAGGGGCUGGUGCAAGACAUCCUCUACCAGAGCUCAGAGGAGGAGAUCCAGCGGUGCCUGGGGCCCGAUGGGAAGGUCCCACUGGUGUGCGGGGUCGUCUUCUUCUCCUCCAGAGCUGCAGAGCAGCUUCUGGCCACCCACGUCAUCCCCCCACUCAAUGCUUGCACCUACAUGGGGCUGGACUCGGGAGCCCUGGCCCUCCAGCUGUCUCUCUUCUUCGACCUGCUCCUAUGCAUGGCCCGGGCAGUGACUGAGGAAGCCUUUGUAGCCGGACGCCGAACAGGGACGGGGGGAGGAGAUGCCCAGAGCUCCAGGGCAGCUCGGAGUGCCCGGACUGUGCUGUGGAAGACUCUCCACACGCUGCCACUCACAAUGGCCUACCUCCCUGAUGGCACCUAUAACUACAUGACCUCAUGUGCCAGUGAGCACAUUUACCACCUCACCCCUCAGCUGGGUGAUGCCCACAGCAGGGGUUUCUGCAAAGUGGCCCAUUCCAACGUGGAUGAGCCACGUCUACUGGAGGAAGGUUGCUCUGUCACCAACUGCCUGCUGGAGGGCGCUGUGGUUGUGGGGCCAGGGAACGUCAUCCAGCACUGCAACCUGGAGGGCCCCUUGCACAUCCGUUCUGGCUGCCUCCUCACGGGGCUGGAUGUGGCCUCCUCCGUGGCCCUCAGAAGCCACUUCCUUCAGGACGUGGUCAUUCAGGGACACGUAAUCCGGCUGAGACACAUGAGCUGCAAAGUAUUCACUCUGAGUGGACGUCAUGAUGACUGGCAGGGUACAGCAACCGAAGAGAAGGGCACCUUCUUGAACCUGCCAUGGGCAGCCUUGUACCACCGGACUGGAAUACGGAGCCAGGACCUGUGGAGUCCGGAUGUCCCACCAGACAAGCGCUGCCUGCUGAACGCCCGUCUCUUCCCUGUGCUCUGCGUCUCGGAGCCCCUGGGCCUCGGGGGCCUCUUGUGGCUCUUGGGCUCUCCAGAGACCCGGCAGCUGCAGUCCUGGAGGAGGGCCUGGCGCAUGUCCUGGGAGGAGAUGAGGGCCUGUCUGGACCAGGAGGCAGAACUGGCCUCCCGCAGGGCCAUCUUUUUCCUACAAGGCCAGCGCAAAAUCCAGCGGGUCCUGAUGGAGCAGAAGAAUUGCAGCCUCCUUCCCCUGAUCCGCUCGGCUGUCCUGGAGGGCUUUGGGGAGGCUCUGCUGGAUACCCUGGACCAGGUGGCUGCCACCGCUGGGGAUCUGGGGGUUGUUGCUCGGGCACUGGCGUGCAUCGCAGAUGUCCUGGGCUGCAUGGCCAGAGGAGAGGGGGGCUUACGGAGUGGCCCCACAGCCAACCUUGCCUGGGCUGCUGCCUUCCAGCAACUGGAGAAGGGAGACAUCGCUCAGGGUGUAAAGGCACUUGCCGUGGAGAGGAAGAAAUGGCUAAGCAGACCCAUCCUGUUGGUUCGCGCUGCCCGACACUACGAGGGGGCCGAGCAGAUCCUCAUCCGCCAGGCCAUCCUGCUCUCCUGCCAGUUCAUCGGCUUCUGGCAGGUGGAGCUGCCUCCCCUGGGCUGCUGGGUGAGAGUGGAGUGCCCUGCACGGAUUGACCUCUCUGGGGGAUGGAGUGAUACCCCUCCAAUCACGUAUGAACACGGUGGAGCAGUGGUGGAUGUGGCUGUCCUGGUAGACGGCUGCAGGCCUAUUGGUGCCCAGGCACGACGCAUUGCCAAACCAGAAUUGCAACUGAUCAUCACCAGUGGAAGUCUGGAGAGAGAGGUGGUGGUGGAGUUCGUCUGUCGCGACCUAGAUGAUCUGAGGGAUUACUGCCAGCCUCAUAUGCCAGGAGCCUUGCUCAAAGCAGCCUUGGUCUGCACUCACAUUGUUAAUCUCCUGUCCCCACAAACCCUGCGAGAACAGCUGCAGGAACGUUUCGGAGGUGGCUUUGAGCUUCACACCUGGUCUCAUCUGCCCCAUGGAUCGGGCUUGGGGACAAGCAGCAUCCUGGCAGGUGCAGUGAUCGCAUCGCUCUAUCGCGCAUCUGGGCGCUGCACUGGUGUAGAGUCCCUCGUUCAUGCGGUGCUGCAGUUGGAGCAGGUUUUGACCACAGGUGGUGGAUGGCAAGACCAGGUGGGCGGGCUGGUCCCAGGGCUUAAGAUUGGGCGCUCGAAGGCCCAGCUGCCACUGAAGGUCGAAGUGGAAGAGAUCACUCCCCCGGAAGGCUUCGUACACACCUUGAAUCAGCACCUGCUCUUGCUGUACACGGGGAAGACCCGCCUUGCUCGCAACUUGCUCCAGGAUGUUCUAAGGAACUGGUACGCCAGGCUGCCCACCGUAGUAGAGACUGCCAAUGCCCUGGUGAGCAAUGCGGAGGAGUGUGCCCAAGCCCUUCAACAAGGUAACCUGGCUCUGCUGGGCCAGUGUAUGAAUCGGUACUGGCUGCAGAAGAAGGAGAUGGCCCCUGGCUGCGAGCCUCUGAUGGUCCGGCAGAUCAUGGAGGUGCUCCAGCCUCACGUCUAUGGGCAGAGCCUGGCCGGAGCUGGUGGUGGGGGCUUCCUCUGUGUGGUAACCAAAGAACCCAGGAACCGGGCGGCCUUGCAGGAAAUCCUGGCAGAAGCUGCGGUCCUUGGAAAUGUCACCAUCCACACUGUGGAAGUGGACCCAAUGGGAUUCAAGGUGGAGCUUCUGGGGGACACGUAUACUUCAGAGGCAUGAAAGAGCAGCUCCCUCCUCUGCUGCUGAUCCACCAGAACCAGCUGCAGGGCAGGAUGAAGAACCAGCUCUGCUGUGUUGCAGAUCCCAAUCUAGCAAACUGUGGGACGAAGUUCUUGGAAAGGGGUGAAAGUAGCAGGGCUGCAUCCAUUGCACAAGCCAAGCAAUAGUCAGCCUGGCAAAUCUAAGCAGUUUCCACACAACUGGGUCCCCAAAGCAAGCAAUGCAUUCGCUGUGAACACCUGUGAUGAUUCAUUUGCGAUUACAAAAUAAAGGUUGCACUGGUUUUCUUAAGA